AUGGAUUCGGAAAGCGUCAAGCAAGAAGUCAUCAAGCAGGUCCGGUCUCAGUACGCCAUAACCAAUGCCAGAGAACUGAUCGAGAAAAUCAACGACCACUGCUUCCAAAAGUGCGUUCCCAAGCCCGGAUCAUCACUAUCGAGCGGCGAGACCACCUGCUUCACCCAGUGCAUGGAAAAGUACAUGUCGGCAUGGAACCAAGUCAGCUCGACAUACGUCAGCAGGCUACAGCGAGGAGAGUAG